GGCCACUUCCGGUGAGGCCUAGCCGAGGCUUUGAGGCGGGAGCCACUUCCGGUGAGGCCUAGCAAUGGUCCUACAAGAGGGAAAACAAAGGGUAUUUUAGUCACUCCGCUCCGGGCCCUGCAUGCCGUUCCUCCUCUCGGCGCUCCUUCUACGAACAACCAGGGCCUUCAACCGGAGUCAGAGGCAGAUCUUUCUCCCGAGGCGACCACCUCAAUCUGGGAUUGCUUUUCCCCCAUUGCUAUUCACCCAGCCUUUGCGGAGAUUGGCUCUCCUUCCUUCCCAGAUGGCGGAGCAGCGCUACUGUGUGGACUACGCCAAGCGGGGCACGGCCGGCUGCAAGAAGUGCAAGGAGAAGCUGCUGAAGGGCACGGUGCGCAUCGGGAAGGUGGUGCCCAACCCCUUCUCCGAGUCCGGCGGGGACAUGAAGGAGUGGUACCACGUCAAGUGCGCCUUCGAGAAGCUGGAGCGCGCCCGGGCCACCACCAAGCGGAUUGAGGACCUCACCGACCUGGAGGGAUGGGAGGAGCUGCAGGAGCCCGAGAAGGAGAUGAUCAACCAACACAUCGCGGAGCUGAGCUCAAAAGCCUCCAACACCCCCAAGAAGAAGGCAGUCGUCCAGGCCAAGAUCUCUCCCGGCGGACAAAUCACCUCCCCAAAGAAGACGCCGGCCGCUUCUUCCGACCCGCCCAAGAAGUUCUCUGGAUUUACAGCCAAGCCGGGGGGCCCUGAGGCCUUUCCCGCGAAGGGGACGCUCUCCGUGCAGCGCUGCGACCCCAAGCACAAGGACUGCCUCCUGAGAGAGUUCCGGAAGCUGUGCGCUGCCGUGGCCGAGAAGCCCGGCUACAACGUCAAGACACAGAUCGUCCAGGACUUCCUGCAAAAGGGCGCCACUGGAGAGGGCUUCCGGGGGGACCUCUACCUGACAGUGAAGCUGCUCCUACCCGGCGUCAUCAAGAGCGUCUACAACCUCAACGACAAGCAGAUCGUCAAGCUCUUCAGCCGCAUCUUCUCCUGCAGCCAGGAGGACAUGGUCCGCGACCUGGAGCAGGGAGACGUCUCCGAAACGGUGCGCCUCUUCUUUGAGCGGAGCCGGUCCUUCCCGCCGGCGGCCAAGAGCCUGCUGACCAUCCAGGAAGUGGACACUGCCUUGACCCGCCUCUCCAGCCUCACCAAGGAGGACGAGCAGCAGGCCUUGCUGCAAGAAGUCGCCAGCAGGUGCACGGCCAACGACUUGAAGUGCAUCAUCCGGCUCAUUAAGCAUGACUUGAAGAUGAACGCUGGGGCCAAGCACAUCCUGGACGCCUUGGACCCCAAUGCGUUUGAGGCCUUCAAGGCAUCUCGCGACUUGUCGGACGUGGUGGAGCGCGUGCUGCGCAAUCAGACGGAGGCCCAAGGGGCCCCGGGGACCCAGCGGACCCUCAGCGUCCAGGCCACCCUCAUGACCCCCGUCCAGCCCAUGCUGGCCGAGGCCUGCAAGUCCAUUGCCCAGGCCAUGAAGAAGUGCCCCAACGGGAUGCUGGCUGAGAUCAAGUAUGACGGGGAGCGGGUCCAGGUCCACAAGAAAGGGGACCGCUUCCGCUACUUCAGCCGCAGCCUCAAGCCUGUCCUCCCACACAAGGUGGCGCACUUCCAGGAGUUUAUCCCGCGGGCCUUCCCAGGCGGCCACAGCAUGAUCCUGGACUCCGAGGUCCUGCUCAUUGACACCCGGACUGGGAAGCCUCUCCCCUUUGGUACCCUCGGCGUGCACAAGAAAGCUGCCUUUCAAGAUGCCAACGUCUGCCUCUUUGUCUUCGACUGCAUCUUCUUCAAUGAUGUCAGCUUGAUGGACAGGCCUUUGCAAGAGCGACGCAAGUUCCUCCACAACAACAUGGUGGAGAUCCCCAACCGGAUCCUCUUUUCCGAGAUGAAGCACGUCACGAAAGCCUCUGAUUUAGCCGACAUGAUCAACCGAGUCAUUCGGGAAGGUCUGGAGGGAUUGGUGCUGAAAGACCUGAAGAGUAUCUAUGAGCCGGGGAAGCGGCACUGGCUGAAAGUGAAGAAGGACUACCUGAACGAAGGCGCCAUGGCCGAUACCGCCGACCUGGUGGUCCUGGGGGCCUUCUACGGACAAGGCAGCAAAGUCUCUCUCUCUCUUGCCCCCCAGACGGCGCUGCUGGAGGUCUUUUCGGGGGUGAAGCUCUUCUUGCCUCCAUCAGUGGAGGACUUUCACCGGAUCCGGCGCUACUUUGUGGCCUACGACGGGGACCUGGUGCGGGAGUUCGACCGGGACUCGGCCACCCAUGUCAUGACGGGCAACACCGAAGAGGAGGAGGGCGAAGGCGAAGAGGAGGGGAUCUCAGCCGCACAGCGCGUCUCCCCAGCCUGGAUCUGGGAGUGCAUCCGGAAGAGGCGGAUUGUGGCCCCGCGGUAGGAGGCAAAGAGAGCAAGCGUCCGACCGCCACCAACGCCCGAAAGCGUGAGUCUCUUAUUAAGGAAAGGGGACCGGACAUCAUUCUAGAAUGAAAUUUGCAUAUAAAAUCAUCGAAAUCGAUUCAAGCAGCUCUGAUUGGUGGCUUGAACAAACUGGGAGCGUUGCAAAAUAAAGCCUCGAACUUA